ACCUACAAGACUGCCAGCUGCUGUUGGUGUCACAUCCCCUUCCCUAUGGGAGUUUUUAUCAGUCACAGGAGACUGUUUUAACUUGUGUUCCACCAACAGGUAGGAAAGAAGGUGCUCUCUACAACGGGCGAGGUGUUGAGAUGCACAGUGUUGACAGUGCAGUGCUUAUUGUUGCACCAGGCCCUGUUUUCAGAACCCAGUUUAUCUAUGCGAUGUGUUGUAUUGCUGCUUCUUAUUUCAGCUGACUAAUGUAACUCCCCAUUAUUUUUGGACAUUGGAUUUUAUUUGUGUUCAUCUCUUUGCAUGGAGCCCACUGCACUUUGUGUGAGGCUGCUGCAAUACUAAUUCAUACACAUAAGGGGGCAGAUUUGAGAUUGUUCUGGAACCAAACUCCAUUUUCUUUGUGUAAUAAAAAUUACUUUGGGAUAAUCUUUAGAAGAGACACAGCAAUCUUUGUACUAACUGUCCAAGAAUGUUCUCCUGAGUGUGCAUAACCACUGCUUGUGCUGAGUGAGUUUUAAUAGUGGAUUUCCUGUGGACGUCUAGCAGACUUUCUCUUCUCUAAAGCCUGUAUGUUCUUUCUAGUGAAGUGCUGUUUGUUUCACUUGCACUGAGAUUUAUUUUGUGUGUGGGUGGUUUGUUUGUUUGCUGUUAUAGCUGCAAGCGGCUACAAUGCUUUUAUUAAAACUUCAUUCCUACUGUGUUUAAGACUUGAAAACAGACUUCAGGUGUAUUUAUGCUUCUCCCAUGGAAAGAGAUUAGAGUCUUGUGUCUGAACUCUCCUCCCCUUCUCUGUAUGCCAGUUUAUGUGUCUUUCUUGGCCCCCAAGCUGCAGCCUUUCCCUGCCAGCCUCCAUAAAAUUAUCCCUGCAGGCAAUGGUUCCUCAUCGACUAUAGUAACUACAUUUCUUAAUCCUUCAUCUUUUAUUGCUUUGUCUGAGUUUCAAGCUCUUUCACUCCUUGCAGGCCUUUCAUUACUCUGUUCCUUAUUGGCUGCUCCCUCCUAAACCUUUAUGGUCAGAUAUCCAAAUGACAUCAGUGGCUGUCACUUCCUCCAAGGGAAUGUGGGCUCUAGACUGGUCUAAUCUGUUCUCAACUACCAUCUGACCUGAUCUCUACUGCCAUCUGAGCACAACCAGAGCUAAAUGGGCUAGAUGUGGAUAAUAGGAAGGCUCACCAACUGGAACUUACCAUCCAGAACUUGCUCCUCUAAAGCUUUCCCAGCAGCACAAGGGAUUGGAAGGUCUCAGUACAAUGCAUCAUGAGGUGUUCCUGAACACAUUUCAGUGGCUACAGAGGGUAGGAAGGACUGAGAAGCACUGUUGGGAUCUUAACAUCAGGGCUCUGCCUACAGGCUUAGGUCAGACACAGGUGCCAGCCCACUAGACCAAUUUCAGUUGUUACCUCCUGCUGAAGCUCCCAUGGAAAGGACAAGCCCAAAAUAUGCUGCAUGAGAAGUGAAGCCACUGGGGGGAAAAAGAUUGUUAAAGGUUAAAUCAGCAUUAAGAAGGGUAGUCUCUGUGAAAGGAGACAAGUAUCUUGCCUGGGCACAGAAGGUGCACUAGUUUAAGUGCCUUAAACUAAUUUAAUAGAACAGUGCAAACCCUGCUUGUGAAAAUAAAUUCUCUUGGGGUGGUUACUGGCCUAUGUCAACUCAGCGCAGGCUAAUUUGUUACUGGCUUGCAGAGCUGCCUGGGAUAUCAGCACUAAAUGUGUUUACUUUUUCUUGCAUUUAGUAAGAAAAGAAUGAAAAGGGUUGUCCCCUCAAAAAGUAAAAGCAUUAAACAAUCUCUUUUGUAAGAGCAAAGUACACCUUCAAGUCCUUAUAAUGUUUAAAUAUUUAAAAUAUGAAGUCACUCAGUGCUGCCUUACCACCCACCUACUGAGGUCUGUUUCUCUUUCAGACUUACCCUUAAAUUGUAUAGACAUUACAUUACACAACUCCACCCUGCAGCCAUUUCCUGCCCAGCUCCUCAGUUCUCACUCUUUUCCAAUUAUUUUUUCUCCUGUCUCCUUUUCUGUUUUUCCUACAGCUCUGGCUUUUUUUGGAGUCUAGGAAAUGAAGUUCCUAGACUGCUGCUGGCUUACUCUGCCUGCCCAAAUCUAGCCCUCCCUCCUGUUCUUUUUUCCCCUGUGUGGGAUAAGUGCUAAUCACCUUCAGCCUCCAAAGCAAUGCAGGGCAUCUUUUUAUAGCCUGCUGAAGAUGAGGAGGAGGUAAACUUUCCUAAGAACAUAAGAGCUGAUUCAGGCCAAGGGUCCCUCUGACCUAAUGUGCUUGUUCUGUGCACUAAGGGGCUAUUAGGAUCAGAACUGGCAUUUAUAAUGCUCCUUUCUUUCACACUGUCCCAGUCUCCAGCAGUUUUCAGUCCAUCUCAAUAACUUCCUAGGCUUGGUCUGGUUAAUUAGAGAAUCUUUAAGGUAGGGAAAGACCUUUAAGAUCAAGUCCAACUGUCAGCCCAUCCCCGCUGUGCCCACUGAACUAUGUCCCUUGGUGCAACAUUUCCACAUUUCUUGUAUGCCUCCAGGGAUGGUGACUCUACCGCCUCCCUGGGCAGCCUGUGCCAAUGCUUCACCACUCAUCAGAGAAGAAAUAUUUCCUAAUAUCCAACCUGAACCUCCCCUGGUGCAACUGAAGCCCGUUACCCCUUUUUCUUUUACUCUUUACCCAGGAGAAGAACCGACCCUCACCUCCCUACAACCUCCUUUCAGGUAGUUUCAUCUUCCUCUAUGUGGACCUUGCAUUUCUGACAGCUUUUGCUAAGAAUUCCCCCAGGUCAGUUGUUGGUGUGAGGUGUUCCUAUGGCUGGAAAGGACUCUUUCCCACUGAAAUUGGCUGGAAAAGGGAUGUGCCCUGCCCCUGUGCUUUACAGCUUCUGCAGAACUGCCCUUGAGGUUCGAUGAGCUCAAGCCAAAGUCAUCCUGUGGCUUUGCUUUUGUUGUGAAUCAUUACAAACAUGUUGUUCUGGUGCUGAUGAGUCUCCAUACGGGUACUGCAGCAGAGGGCAGGAUGGCUUCCUUCAAACACACGUAGCAGUUCCACUGCUGCCAUCAAUCCCCCACCCCCACUUACAAGAGUCCUGAGCUGCAAUACAGUCCUGUGAAAUAGAAACAAGCUAUGCUAGUACAAGCAAGCAACUGCAUUGCAGUGUUCUUUUGUAGCUUUUUUAUAUGCACAUGUGCAGCUUAAGCAGAUAAUUGUCUCACUGAGCUCAAGCCUACCAUGUCAUUCAGAUUACCUUGUAUUUCUGCAGGUUGCAAGGACACAUGGGGAAUGUAUAGUGAAUGCAUUGGUUGAUGGUAACUGGUCACGCUAUGUUGUUUUUCCAGCCCUACAACUGGCAUAACUGCUUUCAUAGCAAGGGUCAAAGCAACUGCUUGCAUAAAGGAGAAAAAACACAGAGCCAUUUAGAAUUUUUAAAAAAGAGAAAAGUUCCUGUCUGUUAGCAUUGAAAUGUAUGUUUUCCUGAGCGUUCUCUUGUGAUGAUUUGUAAUAUUUAUUGGAUCAAGCUUGGUUCCCACAAGAACUCAAAAUAGCCAUCGGGAUUUGAAGGGACGCAGCCUUCCUCGGCUGGCAUGGCUGCAGGAUGCAGAGCUCGCUCCCAUGGCUUCUGUGCACUUGGAAUUCCUCCGUCCUGACUGCUCUCCCCUGGGAGCAUUCAAAAUAGGUACCAGAGGGGAAGGGGCUCUGGGGGUGGCAUUCAAUGGAAACAGUUUGAAGUGCAACUCAUUUCAGCUGAACUUGGAACCUUUUGCUCCCUGCCUGGAAAUGCUGAAAAAGUGUAAUGCUCACUUGGAGCCCUUGAGAGAGUGGUUUUGUGGAAAUUACGCAUCAGGUGAAGUUAAGCAGAAAGGGUAAGUGGUUCAUAAAGCACUCGGAGAUGGUGGCCUUUACCAUGGUACACAGAACACUGUAUUUUCAAGUCUAGUCUAUGAGACAAUGCUUUCCUGUAAGACCGUGCAUUGUUUACAACAUUUGCUUCCUUUCUCUUUCCUCCUUGAAUGCAGUCCAAGCACCCAAACAUUUACUGAUGGUGGUUUUUGUACUUUGUCACCUGGUGAUGCGAAGUUUAACACUGCUCUGCUAAGAAACCUGCUUUCAUUUUGUAGUGGUGGCAUUUUCUCUGGAACACAGCUCACUACUGAAUCUGGGACCAGAAUCGGGGAUGGGAAUUAUUUAGGAUAAAGUCUGCCUGAAGAUUUCUCUAAGCCUGCUGUCGUAUGCACAUCUAGGACAUGACUAAGUGAGUCAAAAAGGGUACAUAAUCUUUUAUGUAACUGAAUGACAAUUGCAUUUGAGCUCCAGCUAGAAACUUUUCAUUUCACUUAACUUUGGUCCCCCCAAAACUGACUGCUUAGAUAUGAGCCUCACCCAAGGUUCCUUUAUAGUCAAGCAGAAAGAGAGGCGCCUCCAGGGUAUGGCCAAAGCAGCUUCAAAUGCCUGGCCAGAGGUGUCAGCCUCCCUGCAGGACUGACAGGGGAGCCUGGACAACUGCCUGCCUGUCGGGGGGCUGACAGAUGAGCCACGUGCACAGCAGGAAAAGGGGAGCCGAGGUUCGGCAUGCAGGGUCGGUGCUCUUGUAUUUCUGUUCCUGCUUUUUAAUUGUUAGGAUUAUCUUCCAGCCCAUCAUUCAUCUGAGAAGCCAUGCACGGCCGAUAGAGCUGAUUGACAAGGGCCUGGUGCAUGAAACUCGGUGGCUCAAAGGCUGAGGACGCACUGCACUCUUCUGCCAGAGAUGACCCUGCAGCAGUGAGAGCAAUUGCACGGCUGCUGACAAGCAAAAUAUUUUGUCAGCAGCUGCACUGCUUCUCCCUAAAGUCUUCCUCCCCCCUCUGCUUCGGCAUUUACAUCAUAUCUCUGGAAAUGAGAGUACAAAUAGCUCUGUGAAGUGGACAGGAUGACUACACGCAGCGUAUCAGGAGACAUUUGUUCUACUGGUAGCUUUCAUUUGGUCUGCUGAAAAGCAAUACAGUUUUCUCUUUCUAAUAAUGGAUAGUUACCAUGAUCUUCUGUUACAUGCUUGCAAACAGGAAUACCUGCUUGCAGAGCCAGCUCUGCCAUGAAGCUGUGCAGAGUAGAGCCCAUUCUUGCUGGUCUUCCAACAUGAGCCAUGGAUGGAAGCAAGGGCAAAGGCAAGGUGAGAGAAUGGCCAUGCUUGGAAGUCAUGAAGGCAUUAAUACCAAUGUCUGUAGAGACGCCAUCUCCCCCCUUUGCCCUGCAAGAACAAUAGAGGCAUACAGGCUUUGUUUCUUCAGCAGUGUAGGUUCUCUCAAGGUGCUCCCAUCACCUUCUCAGCAUGUUGGUGUGCACAUGUAGAGGUGACCUUAGGCCACAACUGCUGAAGAAUGAUUGUGCAGGCACAGACUGUUGCCUCAGCAUGCCAGCUCGCAAAGCACCAAAGGUUUUCCUCUCCAGGAUUAUGUUUGCUACCUCUCAGUUUGGCCAGUGCAAAUGUUUGUUCAGUCACCUUGUUAACUCAAUCUCAGCAACGGUGCUCUUACAAAUAAUCAUCACAAAAGACUAUUGUUUUCUGUUUCAUUUCAUGACGUGCUGCAGUGUAUCAUUGGACCAGAAGCCUUUGAAAGUACCCCUCUGUGCUGAGCGUACACGUUGGAGUAAUCUGAGCAGUUGGGGUGAGGCUGUUGGGGAGAGGAGACCUGACCAUGUGCUGUUGAAAUAUCCUUCUUGUUCUCUUGCAGAGAAGUCUGGCUGCCAGCCUCAGCAGUACUGCUAGGAGCUCUGUGUUUGCUGACUUUAACUUGGAGCAGAUACACAGCCAGGGAGGGAAGUCUGAAGGCAAACUGGAAGGAAGAUGCUUGGGUCAUAAGGGAAGUCUGUGGUGCAAAGAUAGCACUUCAGUCCUCAGAUGGAACUAGAUGUUGCUGUGUUGGCUGUGGAGAGAUUGUUAGUGUGCAGCUCUGGAGAGGUCAGACGUGAUUAUUUAAGAAUAUCAGCGCGUGUUUAAUCUCCUUGGCUCUUAUCUGCUCAUGUUCAGUACUGCUGCAGAUUGCUUCUUCAGAAAAAUAGCUACCAUAAUCCACUCCUACCCAUGAGGAGCAAACGCUUCUAAAAUGGAAAAGCAGCCUUCCCGUUUAGUCUGCACUGAACUACAUAAAACUACUUAAAAUUAAAUGUUCUUUGUACAGUGUAAACCUGCCCAGAGUGUCUGAAGGCGCUUCCUUUCGAAGCAGGGCUUGUUCCAACAGAAAAGAAGAAAAUAAUGGCUAUUCCAGAGCGUCUGCAGAAGUACAAGAAGUUCUCAGCUCAGCAGUAGCACUGCUUGCUCCUGUCCAAGUGGUGGAUGGGUUGAAGUGGUUUUGAUCACUGUUUAACUCCACUGCCCCGCGUUUUCAUGGCUUGGCUGUUUGAAAGCUGAGCCUGCUAGAAUUCCUAAUUGCACCCUCGUUGCAAAGUGUGAUGCUGCUGCUGCCAGAAAGUUAUUGCAGCUUUCUAAACCACAUUUCCAGAGAGCAACCCGUCAUUCUUUUGCUCUCCAUAUAAUUACGGCUAUAAGUAUCCCACUUCCUUUUGUGUGCAGUGAGAGCAUUAAUGAGGCAGCAUUAAUGACGGAGAAGCCGUCUGCAAACUUGAACUCCUUGCGGAGUUCAUUGCACCAUUUUCUUCUCAGCCAUUGAAGCACUGAGUCCUUCUGUCUUGCUUUAAGAUAUUUAAAAUGUCUCUCAAUAGGUUUUUCUUCAAUUAAGGCUUUCACCCUAGAGCUUUUCAAGAUAAGGCACCGUGACAAACUGUACUGUAAGUGCCCUUAGUCAGCAGUUGUUUGCAGAGCACUUGGGAGGCCUCUCACACUGGCCAAGGCCUCUGGAUAUUGUUGGGAGUGGAAAUAUUAACGACAUUAAGUUAGGGAUCCAGAGGCUGUUUCUUCUUUUUUUUUUUCCUUUUUCCUACAGAAAAGCUUUAAAUUAAAAUUCAAAAGGCUCUUUGUGGAGCUUUCCGUGCUUGUCGUUCAAAAUGGGGCUCACCCAUUCAAAAUGAUGUUGCUUGUUUAGGCAACAUUUUGCUGUAAUAUUCACCAUCUCAGUCCUUAGCUGGCACAAGUGGUUUAUAUUUAAGAACAGCUCGCACUGAAAACAUUCUCUCCCCCAAAAAAAUGGUUUGGAAGUCAGAGGGGAAGGAAACACACAACUGCUGCCCAGUCUGAAGAAUGUAUUUUGGAACUUCGGAAAGUGAAGAGAACUGCCAGAUCAAAGCAUUUUUGCAGUUUCCUGGAUAAGUCAUCAAAAAUAAGCCAAAAAAAAAGAAAAAAAGAGUGCAGAUUGUCAAAUGAUGCUGACAAGGCUGUGUGGAUUUACAGUAAAAAGGGAGAAAAAUGUUUCAAAAACCAUUAAUGGGAAGUUGCCCUAACCUGAUGAGUGUGGCUCUGCUGUGCUUUGCCCUCUAGGCUGAAUAAUGGGAAUCCAUGCCCUUUGUGGACGUCUUUUGGAUUUUUGUUUACACCAAGAUCUAAUUUAUGAUUUUUUUUUCCUCCUCCUUCCUCAAAAACUUAAGCAAAAGUCAAAACAAGAAAACUAAUAUCUGGAUAAGGCAAGCAAAAGAUGUUUAAGAAGCCACACAGUGUAAACUGUUUGACAGAAACAUUUGCUUGUUGAUAAACUGAUUUAAGACAAGGUGUUUGUAUCACUGCUGUUUACCUCGUCCUUCUCAGCUUCAAAAUUUAUCAAGCUCUGAAGGGUAUUGUCAACCUUGACAUUAAAUUCUGAGGACAACUUUAACUCACUGCCACAAUUGCAUCCAUCCCAACCUACACUAGUGAGAGGAUCCUGAUGUUUAUUCAAGGAGGGUGUUGAACAAUGACUGUUUCCUUAGCCUGGCUUCAUGAGAAACAAUUGAGCCUGCCCAGUGGCUUUUAUCAAUAUGUUAUCUACUAAAUCACCCAAACUUCCUCCAUUAAGAUUACUGGGGCCUCAUUGCCUUCCCUGCUAUGUUGCCAAACAGGUUUUGUGCUAAGGACUUCCCCAGCUUCCCUCCAUUUUAGUACCUGGUUUUCUAACUGUUUGCAGACCAGCUUGAGAAUAUUAUAAAUAUACACGCACUCUUUUCAGGUUAAGAAUGUUUCAUAACUAACCUCUUUAUGGACCACCAGCAUGGCAACUUUGAUUUUAGCAAGCGGUGAAAAGAUUUUCUCUUGGCAAGACGGCAGUGUCAUCACUUGCUGGUAAGCAGCUUGGAACAUUCAUUUCUGAAAGCAAACAGAGGGCACCAAAACAGAAUUAUUUGUUCUCUUUGUACAGUCUCAACACCCAUUGCCCCUCCUCUGCCCUCGGUUGGGAGAAGUUUUCUUUGCCAAUGUGUUGCCGCAAUGUUUUACAUCUAGAAAAUUAUUUUUGUCUGUUCACGCAAUCUUCUUCGUAACUCCAAAGUUCUUCAUCACUUUGAAAUGUAUUAGCCAACUAUAAUUAACUCUUUCUGCUUGUCUUGAGCCCUGACAAGAUAAGAAAGAGGCUGGGCCCUCUUUCCCUGCGUAUCUGCUCAUCCUGCCAUAAACAAGAAAAUGAUGGCAGAGACGGUCUAUCAAGAAGAAUCUUUUUCAAGAAACUCAGGAAGUGACGAAACCCAAAUUUAGUCUUCGUUUGGGUGACACAGCAGUAAUUUCUAUGGUUCUCUCUACAACAGGGCUGUUGCAACAUUUUGCUGUAAACACAGCAAUUAACUACAUCCAACUGUUGGCACCAACACAAUGCUUUAUUCUGCUGUCUUCAGGAACAAAAACAUUACAUCAAAGCCACUCUGCACUUCUUUCAAUUAAUCAUGCAAUGUUUUGAGCAAUGACCUACAGGGCAGCGCUCUGCUCCGUCACACCACUCUGCUUCUUCUCCUGCUGUGUGGUGAGAUGUGUUAGGUAAAACUUCCAGGAUUGCUCUUGCGAUCAUCGCUGACCUUGCUUUCACCAGUGCUGUCUUCACGUUCUUGAGGGACCUUGCAAGGGAUGCCCAGCUGAGCACUGCAAUGAUGAGUCAUCCACUUGCACAUAAUACACGUGAUAAUCAUGCAGAUGACUAAAUUUGGCUCUGUAUUUUUGGAGAGCUUUGCAGGCUUAAGCAGUAAAGCUACAGGCAGAGCUGGAGGAUAAAAUUCUGCAGGCAAUCGUCCCCAUGAUCUUUGCAUAAAUGAUACUUCAUUGUGGCUUGGUUAGCAAGGAGAAGAGACACAGGCAGUAUGUGUGAUGAAGUUUGAGAUAGUGGAAGCCACUUCUCCUGAAGUUACUUUUACCACUUAGCACCAAGGUCUGCUGCCCUCAGUGUCCAACCCCAACAGUUCUGGCAGAUGGUAGCUCCCUGUGCUUGGCCAAAGACUUGAAAAGGAAGGAGGUUCAGUAAGAACUCUUUACACCACAAAAGGCUUAUGCCUGUUAACAAAAGAUAGUUGAGAAAUGUCUGUGGUACCAAGACCUGUAAGAAAUUAGGAUAUUCCAGCGCCACUGUAGGUGUUGGUACAUGAGAUGGAGCAGUUUCUGACUUCCGCUCUGCCCUCUUAUCCUCUUGAUUGAGUUCUCUUAGAGGACCACUGGAGUGAAGGAAAGAGCAGGCAGUCUACAACCUGUUCCAUUACUGCAGAAGAUACGUGUUGAGCUCUCGGAGAACUGAACGGAACUUUCUCUUUGGGGUGGAUGCUUCUGUAUUGCCUGCCUUCUGUGGUGAUUGAGCAAAGAAGAAAGAUUAGAUGAUGGACUGGGAGGUGGAGAGAUUUCUCUCCAUCUCUGUUGGAUGACUGGAAACCAAGCUGUCAGCAGACUUUUGAACCUUGGUCCUACUCUUCUCCUCACCCCUAGGAUUCAUUUCCAAAUGCUAAGGUGCCCGCUGAGACGAGGCAGCUCUUUCACAUUUCUCACUCCAGGACCACAAUGGGACUUCACCCUGAAGAGGAAACGCCGAGAGAAAGAUGAUGAUGUUGUCAGUCUUUGCAGCCUUGACUUUAAGGAGCCAAGCAAUAAACGGGUUCGGCCUUUAGCACGGGUCACAUCCUUGGCCAACUUGAUCUCUCCUGUAAGAAAUGGUGCAGUUCGGCGCUUUGGGCAAACAAUACAGUCAUUUGCCCUUCGCAGUGACAGCAAAUCUCCCAGCUGUGCCCAGAAGUCAUGUAGCAGAUCUGCUGCCCCUACCCCUCCUAAAAGAAGAAACAGCGUCCUUUGGUCUGAGAUGUUAGAUGUCAACAUGAAAGAAUCUCUGAGCACCAAAGAAAUCAAACGCCAGGAGGCAAUAUAUGAGAUGUCCAGAGGAGAGCAGGACCUGAUUGAAGACCUGAAGCUUGCCAGGAAGGCUUAUCAUGAUCCUAUGCUGAAACUCUCUAUCAUGUCUGAGGAGGAACUCACCCACAUAUUUGGGGACUUGGAUUCUUACAUUCCUCUGCAUGAAGAUUUGUUGGCAAGUUUAGGAGAAGCAACAAAACCAGAUGGAACGGUGGAGCAGAUCGGGCCCAUCCUUGUAAAGUGGUUACCACGACUCCAUGCCUACAAAGGUUACUGCAGCAAUCAGCUGGCAGCCAAAGCACUGCUGGAUCAGAAGAAACAGGACCGAAGGGUGCAGGACUUCCUGCAGCGCUGCCUCGAGUCUCCUUUCAGCCGCAAGUUGGACCUCUGGAGCUUCUUGGACAUCCCUCGAAGUCGGCUGGUCAAAUACCCACUGCUCCUAAAGGAGAUCCUGAGGCACACUCCCAAAGACCAUCCUGAUAUUCAGAUUCUGGAAGAAGCCAUAUCUAUAAUCCAAGGAGUUCUCUCUGACAUCAACUUAAAGAAGGGAGAGUCGGAGUGCCAAUAUUACAUCGACAAACUGGAGUAUCUGGAUGAGAAGCAGAAGGACCCGAGGAUUGAGGGAAGCAAAGCUUUACUGUGCCAUGGGGAGCUGAAGAACAAAAACGGGCAUAAACUCUACGUCUUCCUCUUCCAAGACAUCCUGGUUCUGACCCGGCCGGUCACUCGCAACGAGCGUCAGUCCUACCAAGUGUACAGGCAGCCCAUCCCUGUGCAGGAACUGCUCCUGGAAGACCUGCAGGAUGGAGAUGUGAAAAUGGGAGGCUCCUUCCGAGGAGCGUUCGGCAAUUCAGAUAAAGCUAAAAAUAUCUUCCGAGUUCGUUUCCAAGACCCCUCCCCAGGCCAGUCCCACACGCUGCAGGCCAACGAUAUCUUCCACAAGCAGCAGUGGGUGAACUGCAUCCGUACCGCCAUUGCUCCCUUCCAGCGGACCGCUGCUGCCGCAGAGCUGAAGGAGCUGCCGGAGCUCAGCGAGGAGUCAGAAGAGAACAACCCCUCCGUGCCCAACGUCAGAGCCCAGAGGAGGCAGUCUGCCAUGUCGGGCAUCACUGAGAUGGAGCUCGAUGAGAGCACAGCCGAGUGCAGCUCCAUCCUGGACUCAGAGGAAGCCAAGGGCACGAAAACACACAGAACACUCUCUGGGCACAGGAAAACGAGGGAGAAGCAGCUCAGCAGCAAGCGGAAAGAAACACUGGUGUAGGGAGGAGCCCAGUGCCAUCCUGGUGGAACUGUUUAUUUAUAAAUAGCGUGUACAUUUUUCUUGUCAUGUGAGCACGAUUGGAUUUGCUCUACUGAACAGAAGUGUCUUUUUUUUUUUUUUAUGUUGUAAUGGCAGCUACUGGUAUACAGUUAACACUGUUGAACUGGAGUCUGUUUUUACAAAAGGGACCACUCUGAGCCCACUCUUUACAAUGUCAGUCAGCAUUUUGACCACUUCACAGCAGAUUUUUGAAGAACACCUUUUUGGUUUGGGAAAGAUUUCCACGUGUGGUGGUUGAGGCUUCUAAAGCAGAAGUUUGUGCCAUCACCUUGAGCCUGGCAGAGUCCCUCCUUGCAGUCAGAUCAGUGCUGCAAGUGCACUCCAAAGCUGAAAUCACCGUUUUCUUUCUGUCUUUUGCAGUGUGUGGUUAUCACCACCCAUCCCAUGUAAAACAGACCCCAGGUUCAACAGGUUCUCAACUUACCUACUGGAAUCUUCCAUUUUAGAGUGUCCAUUUGUACAUUCCUCAUUUUCACUCAUGUAACCUGCCACGUAUUUAAUUUUUUUUAUAUAUAUAUAUAUAUAUUAGUUGUUUUGUUUCGGGUUGGUUUGGGGGUUUUUUUGUUUCGUUUUCUUUGGUUUUCUUUUUUACUUUUGUAUUGUCGUUGUCAUCUUUUAGUCUUUCAGACUUGGCAUUUCCUUUCGAGUACUCGAUCCUUCUUGUUCAGAGAUGUACAAAUUGCUUCUCACGUCACUCACAGAACUGGGUUGUAUGGGGCGUAGGAAGGUUUUAGGCACGUUGCAAAGGGUUUGGGGAGGGAAGAAGAGCAGCUAGAAGUAAUAGAGGGAGCAAGAGUAGCUUUAUUGUUCUGUUGUCUUUUGCAAAUGAAACGCCUCUCACUGCCCGUGGGAGGCAGGGUUGGAGGCGACCAAGAGGAUACUGCAUGUGGUAGAAAGCAUAGAGAAAAGAAAGCAUAGAGAAAAGAAAGCAGCUGAAGCUGAUGAGUUCAGGACAGAAGAGGUAGCGACUGUAUAUAGCUGUAUAACGGCGGCACUGCCAUGUUCUACAGUGAUCCAAAGAUUCCCGUGAGAUGCCAGCUUGGAACCUGCGCUGCAAAGUGCUGUAGGAAACAAAGUGCUGACAGUUCUGAUCAAAGCCAAAACGUUGUUUCUGCAGCAUGGCUGAAGGUGACAGGGUGAGGACGGCAAUCCCACAACACCAUCCACCAUGGCACCAACCCGGGAGCCGUAACUCGCAGGUGAAGUUCUGCCUGUUGGCUGUCGGUCGUGUUGGAAAUGGGAAGAGGGUGCACACAGACACAAACCCGCACGGUUCUCUGUUAAUGUCUUUGUACAGUUUCAAGUGCCAAGUACAAUUAAAUUCCUGACGGCC